UUCAUUGCACCAUCGAAAGAAAUAUACAAGAAAUCUACUGUACAAGAGCUAUAUAAAACGCCAGAACGCAUUCGACACAAAAUUUCCAGGAGUGACAGCAAUUGUAGUGAUCUUGAUUUCGACUUGAUAUAUUAUUAAAAUAUGGCGACGUGUAUCGAAAAUCUAUGUUCAGUUAGUUCAAAACGAUCUACAAAUACCAGCACAGAUAUCUGCAGAGACAAUAACAUACCACACGUAAAAUCGAGUCUUGGUUUCACUAUGUAUUAUGAAAUGUCAGAUGACGUACAAAGAAAUCUUGCAGAAAUUGUUGUCAUCAGUGAGGACUCAAAUGAAAGACUAGACUAUCUGGAGGAAUGCCUUAUGAAUAGAAAGCUCAGUUUCAACAAAGCAGACUUUGAGAAUUGCUUGCUUAAAGAGGCUGAAAAAAUAUUUGAACAUGGAGGGGAAAUUGCAACAUUUGAAGAACUGAUUGCGACAAAUUCGGAGGAGUCAGAAUUGGGCCAAUCUAUCUGUCAAUAUUUUCUAAAAGGAAAAUGCAGAUUUGGAGACAAAUGUUUUAACCUUCAUGAGAGUUUACCUGCUGAGGACAUGUUGAAAGAUGACUUAACAGAAACAACAAGUUCUGAGAAUGCAACGGACAACAUUAAAAGAAAACCUCAAAAACAGAAAUACAAAGUUGUAGAAACUGAGAAACCAGGAAAGAAACCACGAAUGAAAACAGCAACUGAUGUUAUAAAUCGUAUCCAGUGGGAUGAAAAAUUAAACCCAGAACACUUCACAGUAGGAUAUCUGGAUCGUUUUCUUGGUAUUAUAGAAAAUGAAUUUAAUUCUUUUGAUUGGGAAGAUGUAACCUCACUUGAUCCAACUGUCCUAGCAAUUCCGCGCCAUCGUAUUCAGUAUUUCAAGUACAUGGAUGAAAUUGUCUGGGAUAAAAACGAAAGACUGGACUGUGUGUUUGGUUCAACAGGAUCAGGACAAACAAUUGUUGAUAUCAUGAAAAAGAAACAAAACAAAAAUGAACCACAAAAUGUAUGUGGUCAGUUAAAUCAGUGAUGAAAAAGAUUUAGAACUGUAAAAGUUUGUAAAUGUGAUGAAAACACAUUAACAAAUAUUAGUCUUGAUGAGUCUGUAAGAUUUCUCA